UAAUAAAUGAGGCAGAGUGGCUAAAACGCAAUUGAAAACUCUGUCGACGCAGUGAAAACGUCAGCUCACAGCACUACUCCAUCUGUAGCUUUUAGGUCACUGUUUCGUGUUAGCGGUAUUCAAGAAACUGUUCAUCGGAUUCCAGAAUUAUAUUGCAGGACGAGUGAAAUAAAAAUCAGCAAACAUAUUUACCUUUUAUAAGAACAUAUCAGUCAAAGAGAUUGAAAGAGGUCAUAAUUGUCUUUUUUUAAUGUCACAUGAAAUUAAAUGAAUAUGGACACUGAUGACAGAGGAAAGGAUCUCAAAAGUGAGAAGAUUGAACCUUCUGCACAAGAAACAAUAGAGUCUUUAGAAACUACUGCCGAUACUAAGAAUACCAAUAAUGUAGAAAAGUCUGGAAAAUCUAUAGACAACAUUGACAACACAAGUAAUGAGAUAUUAAAUUCAUUGGAGAAAUCAAUGGAUAAAAAGAAAGAUUUAACAAUUGGAAAUGGACAUCCAAUGAAUGUUUCAGAAAUGAAAAAGACAAAUUCCACACGUCGUUUGUCAAAUGAAAACGAUCCACACACCUCGAGUAGUGAUCAGAGUUCAUCAAAAAGAAGUAUCUCUAUAGCAGAACCUGGAAGUGGAGAUACUGAUACUUCUAUGGAGAAGUCAGGUAACAGUUCCGAAGAAGAUUCUAGUAAACGUCAAAGAACCAGUGAGAGUCCUAAUGAUCUACCUACUGUUGAUGACAACUGUGCUGGAAGUAGUGCAAGAGGCAAUACAAGCUUAUUCCAUAAAUUGAAGUUUAAAGUGAAAAAUCGCAAUUACCGUAUGAAGGAAUAUCCAGAAAGUGAAUUCGGUGAGGGAUCAAAUCAAAUGGUUGUGGAUGAAUCCAUUUCUAAAGGACGAGUAUUAGGUGUUGGCGAAACAUCAAAUGGUCAAAAUACAGUGGCACAAGCUAAUGAUGACUCUGAUGAUGACAAUAUAGAUGUCCCAUUAAAUGAGCUUCUUGAGCACGAUUCAGAUUCCAGUAGUGAUAAUCUAGAUCAGGAAGGUAAGGAUGAUUCUAAUGAGUGGACUACAGCCAGCGAAGAAGAUUUGGAUGAGGAAGAGGCAGUGAUGCGAAAGCAAAAGCCCAAGCCAAAUUGGUUAAUGGUCCAGGAGAUCAUUAAUCGUCAAUUAGGAAAUAAUCCACUUUUUCAACGCAAAUUCUAUGGUUCACUGCAUGUCGUGGAACGGCUAGAACUUAUGUACAAGUUAAAAGGGCAUCAGGGCUGUGUUAAUGCACUGAGUUUCAAUCAAAAAGGUAAUCUAAUUGCCAGUGGAUCUGAUGACUUGGAAGUUGUUAUUUGGGAUUGGGCUACAGGAAAUUCACAACGUAUCAUCCAGAGUGCCCACAGAAGUAAUAUAUUUCAGGUGAAAUGGUUACCACUGGAUAUGGAAUAUCUUUUAGUAACUGCAGCUCGUGAUGGGCAAAUUCGAUUGAACGAUCUCCACGCCAAUAUCUCCAAGAAGUUAGCAUCUCACCGAGGAGCUUGUCACAAAAUUUCAACACAUCCGGAUACUCCUCAUGUGGUCCUUUCCGCUGGAGAAGAUGCCAAGGUGCUAUCUAUAGACGUGCGCCGUAGUAAACCUACCAAACUUUUAACUGUCAGGGAGGCCUCAACAGAUGUGCGGCUGUAUAGCAUUCACUCCAAUCCUUUAAACAGUAAUGAGUUCUGUGUGGGAGGUCGUGAUCAUUAUGUCCGCGUAUAUGACAGACGAAAAGUUACAAUACCACUUUAUAAACUUUGUCCACGCCGUUUGAUUGGCAAUAAAUAUGCUCACAUCACAUGCGCUGUGUACAAUUACAAUGGGACCGAAAUUCUUGCCUCAUACAAUGAUGAAGAUAUUUAUCUAUUUGACUUGUCAGUUACCCAGUCUGGUGAAGAUUUUGCUCAGAGAUACCAGGGUCAUAGAAACAAUGCUACUGUAAAGGGCGUUAAUUUCUUUGGACCAAAGAGUGAGUUCAUAAUAUCAGGAUCUGACUGUGGUAACAUUUAUAUAUGGGAUAAAAAUACAGAAGCUAUAGUGAAGUGGAUGCUUGGUGAUGAACAAGGAGUGGUGAACGUUUUAGAACCCCAUCCACAUAUUCCAAUUUUGGCGACAAGUGGUCUUGAUUACGAUGUCAAAAUUUGGAUACCUUCAGAUGAGAAAGUUCCUGACAUGACUGGUCUACAGAACUGUAUUAAGUCUAACUUGAGAAGGAGGGCGGAGGAUACAGCAUGUAUCACAUCAAAUGUAUUUGCUGGUCAUAUGCGUCGAUUCUUACAAAGGCACAUGCGUCGAACAGUGAGAGUAAGAAAUUACAUGGAACGAUUAGCCAACCAGGUGCCAGAUACUAGAAUGGUCACUGAUAUGGAUUCAUCUAGUGAUAACGACUCUUCGACUUACAGUGGCAGUCAAUCGGAUUUUGAGAAUGAUACAAGAAUACAGUGUGCUCCUUCCUAAAUAAAAUUGGAUUUACAAGACUGAGUUGGAGUGAGUCUACAGGAUGUCAAAAGUUUUGACUCAUAGUAGAAUUUAAGAUUCAAUAAAGGGUUAUUUCAAUAAAAGCUAUAAAAAGCAUAUUAGAAUUUAUAUAGGUUGGAUGUCCAAAUCAAACACAUUAAAAUUCAUCUGAAUAUAUUAUUACGUAUGCAGUUA